AUGGAACAAGUUGCCAAGUAUUUGAAUGGAGGUACAUUCAAACUAUACAGAGCUAGUGGAAUACCGUUUACAGAUAGAUUACCGAAGAAACACAGGGAGACCAUUGUUACUGAAUUGGCAAAGUACUUGUACCAAAUAUAUAAACAGAACUUAUCCAGCUAUGAGGAAGAUGUUAUACUUCGAUACAGUUCUUAUCGAGACAUUGCAAAUGAGAUUAUCACAAUCAGUGGAUCAGUCGACGAAUUGAGGUAUUUGGUCAUCAAGUCGAGGAAUAGUCGGCUCUUACCAAGACAGACAUUUGUGUUUUCAAAGUUGGAAAACAACAACGACACCUUAUUGUUCAGUAGAGUUACAUCCAAGCCCGAAGUCAAUGAUUAUCUACUAAAGCUACUACAAGUUCAGAUUGACUUGAUACUCAUUGAAUAUGGUGCUUUCCCAUUGCACUUGAUUCCAUCGAUGAUCAAUAAGCUUCUGACGCGUUUCCAUAGUGAUUUACGACUAGUAUACGAGACCCCACAAUUAUCUGGUUUACUAAACAGCAUCCAAAUCGAAGUGCCAUAUACUGAUGUAAAAGAAUUGCGACAUAGAUCUGGUUCAGAUAAGUUGUAUGCCAAUAUUAGUCGAUUCAUGUACGAAUGUACCAAGAUCAAAUUUGACAAAUCGAAGAUAAAAAAGUUUGCAUCAGAUGUCGUCAACUUGUCAAGUAAUGGAAGAAUUAACUUCCAUGGGAAGAAAGAGGACGCUGACAAUGAAGAUGAGAAGGAAGAAACGGCGCUUAUUAUGGAGGUGAUUAUGCAUAUUCAUUGGGUGCUUAAUGAAGGCUGA